GAGCGGCGGCCCGAUCACUGGUGAUUGUGAGGCUGCUCGCAUCCAGCACGGAUCAUCUGUAAGGGCUGUCCUUUUGCAGCAGGGGACAAAAGUGAGAGAGGCGCACGACCGGGAGAGGCCGCUAGGCGACCUCCAGGUCGAGGGGCUGCUAUGCAAAACGACAGCGAAGACGAGGACCAUGGGUCCUGGGCCGAAUCACUGGCCGCUAUCGUGAACUGUGGCAUCAGCACCGCAUUUGCGGACGGGACGGAGAGCGGCAGUCGACCACCGCCCGUGCCGCCGCCAGCGGAGGACGAGCCCUCGUCGAUGGUCGACAACCUCCUGCGGUGCGGCGGCAGCGAGGCCGGCCAGACCUACGACGAGGUCGUGACGAGCCCCCAGAAGCCGACCGACCCGGCGAUUCCCGUCGAGGCGCUCUACGACGAGAUCCUGAGCCUGCGGGAGCAGGUCGCGCGCAUGGAGGCCGGCGGCGCGUUCGCACUGCAGGACGAAUUGGAUCGACUGCGGCGGCGCCUGGAUACGGCUGACGGCGACCUCGGCGCGCCGCUGCCGCCACCGGAGGAUGCGCCGCUCGAGUACGAAGAGAUCGGCGGCCGCGACAGUGCGCCCACCUUGAGCGCCGCGGACCGUGAAUCCGCGGCGGCGCGCCUCUCGCGCGGCGGGCCGCGGCAACGGCCCCCGCGCGAAGAGACCUAA